CGGCGCACGCGCAGUGCCGAGCUGCCCCGCGUACCUAGCUUUCGGUCCGAGUUUGUGGUGACCCGGCUCGGCCAUGGCGGAGGCGGCAGAUCUGGGCAAAGACCCCAACGGGCCCACCCACUCGUCCACUCUGUUCGUGAGGGAGGACGGCAGCCCCAUGUCGUUCUACGUGCGGCCCAGCCCGGCCAAGCGCCGGCUGUCGACGCUGAUCCUGCACGGCGGCGGCACGGUGUGCCGGGUGCAGGAGCCCGGGGCCGUGCUGCUGGCCCAGCCCGGGGAGGCGGCGGCCGAGGCGGCGGGCGACUUCAUCUCCACGCAGUUCAUCCUGGACUGCGUGGAGCGCAACGAGAGGCUGGAGCUGGAGGCCUACCGGCUGGGCUCGGACACCAAAGCCGGGGCUGCGGCCGAGGGCGCCGCGGAGCCCGAGGAGCCGCCGCCGCCGCUCAACGGGCGGCUGGCCUUCACGGACGCGGACGACGUGGCCAUCCUGACCUACGUGAAGGAGAACGCCCGCUCGCCCAGCUCCGUGACCGGCACGGUCUUGUGGAAAGCCUUGGAGAAGUCCGCGGUCACGCAGCACUCGUGGCAGUCCAUGAAGGACCGCUAUCUGAAGCACCUGCGCGGCCAGGAGCACAAGUACCAGCUGGGGGGCGCCCCGGGGAACCCCGAGGCGCAGAGGCUCAAGCGCAAGGCCGAGCCGGACCCCGAGGCGGCCGAGAACGGGGAACCACAGACUAAGAGGACAGCAGACUUGCCUGAAGAAGAGUGUGCAAAGGAAGGCAUAAAGGAGAAUGAAGAAACAGUGAAAACCAUGCUUGUGGAAGCCACCCAGGGGUUUGAGGAAGCUGUGGUAGUAGAUGAGACCCCUGAUUUUGAAAUACACAUAACAAUGUGUGAUGACGACCCUCCUACACCCGAGGAAAAUGCAGAAGCACAACCUGAGGAAGAGGAAGAAGAAAAGAUUUCUACAGCAGAGGUGGGAGCUGCCAUUAAAAUCAUCCGGCAGUUAAUGGAGAAAUUUAACUUGGAUCUGUCAACAGUUACACAGGCCUUCUUGAAAAAUAGUGGUGAGCUGGAAGCAACUUCUUCCUUUUUAGAGUCAGGUCAGAGAGCCGAUGGCUACCCCAUUUGGUCCCGACAAGAUGAUCUAGACUUACAAAAAGAUGAUGAAGAUACCAGGAAUGCAUUGGUCAAAAAAUUUGGUGCUCAGAAUGUAGCUCGGAGAAUCGAAUUCCGAAAGAAAUGAAGUAAAUGAAAUGAGAGUAGGAGAAAGUGAGAUGGACAAAGCUAUAAAGUUGUAACCAUUGAAUUUUGCCUUGGAAAGACACCUUCUGACCAGUGCCGCUGCUGUUCCGAGUCUCAGAUGCAAUAGCCCAGCAGAGUUAUGUAGCUGGCCCAAAACAAAUUGGACAUAGUGAGAGCUAUCAGUGGCAAGAAUUUGUUUUAUCUUUUUUUUUCUUUCUCCUGGUGUAUGUGUGUGCCUGCCAGUAGUGGGAUUUGAACUCAGCCUAGGCCUUUUCAUUCAAGACUGGCAUUAUACUACAUGGGCCAUCGCUCUGUUUCCAGCUUUUUGUUGGUUAACUGGGAUAAGAGUCUCAGACUUUCCUGCCUCUGUCAUCAGAUCUCCAUCUCCUGAGCAGUCUGUCCCCAACCUACCAUCUAUUUUUAAAGGAAAAUCUAGACCUUUGCCAGAAUGUGUGUCUGCUCUAUUGGUGAUGAGGGCCUUUUGAUAAAGUCAAAGGAGACAAAUUAGGAGGCAUAGGUUUUGUCAGCCAGCAUGAGUGAAGAAUCUGUCCUUUGGCAGAAGUUGCUCUAGAUUGUGGUAGAAUGUAAUAUGGAAAGAGGUCAUUGCAGGUCUUUUACUGUGGACUUUUCCAAAUCAUCCCAUCCUGCAGUGAACUGAUUUCUAGAUUGCUAGAAACCCCAUACUUUGUGGACUUUGUAGUUGUUGGGUGUUGUAUUCAAGGCCUUUUCAGUCAAAUGACCAGUAUGUUUAUCUACCACACAC